CCGCCCCCUUCACCACCACCACCACCACCUCCACCCCCAAGCGGCCCAAGAGCUUCUCCAGGGCGGUGUCCGUCCGCUGAACCUUCUCGCGCGCCCGUGGCACGGACGCACUCGAGAGGCAGAGACGCCCCGAUCGCGCAUCCACCACGACCGGGGCGCGCUCCUCCUCCUCCUCCUCGCGCACAGAAGUCGCAUCGAGCGGUGCCUCGACGACACCAGGCGGCUCAACUGUUCCGCGAAGCGUGGAAGAGGUGAGGCGUGAGGCGAAGCUUGAGCCCUAGGGCGCCAUGCCCCACCACGCGCCCCACCGCACGCUGCUCCUGUGGGCCCUGGCACUGCUGGGGUGGCACUCCCUCGCCACGGCCGACAUAAACGAGACGGUUAUUUGCACCAAGGAUUACAUGGAAGUGUCCAUCCCAAGGUCGUAUUUCACCAACCGGAAUGCGCCCGUGCAGAUUUACGACCUGCACCUCAACGACCGCUCGUGCCGAGGCACUGAGACGGAAGACGCUUUUGUUUUCCAAGUGAAGACCAACUACUCCAACUGUGGAACCAUCACCGCGUCGGACGGCAAGCACAUCGUGUUCACGAACACAAUCCAGAACAAGGUGUCGGGCGUGGUGAGCCGAACGUACGUGAACAUCACCUUCUCGUGCCGCUACCCGGUCACGUACCUCGUGCAGUACGCCAACGGGGGCAACGUGGUGCACGUGGACGUGCGCCCCGUGAUGCUGGACACGGAGGAGGGCAACUUCUCCAUCUCCAUGGAGCUGUACCGCGACGGCCUCUUUGAGGAGCGCUGGACCAGCAUCCCCAUGCUCAGCCUGGAGGAGAGCGUCUACGUGCGCGUCCACAUGCUGCCGGCGCACCUCAUCCUGCGGGUGCAGAGGUGCUGGGCGACCCCUUCCAGUGACCCCUACCACUCGAUUCAGCACAUCUUCAUCCAGGACAGCUGCCCGGCCCUGCUGGCGGACAGCACGCUCACGGUGGUGCGCAAUGGGGAGGCGUCGGACGCCCGCUUCCACCUGCAGAUGUUCAAGUUUGUCGGCGCGUCCUACCUGGCCGUUUACCUGCACUGCACCGUGCAGAUCUGCCACGAUGCGGCCAUGCAGUGCGUGCCGGCAUGCGAGCUGGUGGUGUCGGGCGACGGCGAGGAAGGCACGGAGCCUCACGACGUCACCGCCCGCGUCCGGAGGGAGGUCACCUCGGCUCGCACCGUCUCUUACGGGCCCAUCCGGCGCAAGGGCUCGGAGCACGAGACUGCGGGUCGCCCUGGCGCAGGCCGGAGCAGCCCGUCCUCCGUGCAGGUGCUGAUCCUCAGCGUGCUCCUCACGGCGGCCACCUUGUUUUUCCUCAUCGUCGCGGCGCUGUGGCGUCGGUCGCGCCGCUCGCGCCGCGUCACCCUCCGCCACGACCUCGCCUGCCUCGGCACCUCCACCCUCCGCCUCGCCGGGACGUCUCCCGCGCCGCCCCGGCCAUCGGCGGGGUCCGUCGCUCCCACGGGGGGCCCGCAGCCCUCCUUCAACCCGGCCUUCUUGCCCGACGCAGAUCUGGGCCGCUGCACGGACUGAGUUCAUCGGCGAGAUGGCCAAAUAGAUCGUGGUGGGGGGUGGACCGAGGAUGGGAUUCACCUCGAGAUUUGGUGGGACCACGCCACUUUUCUCCUCGUGGCUUUGCCAAAUCUCAAGAACGUCGCAGACACGGUUCGUGUGUUGUGCUGGAACGGGUCGGGCUGAGGAAUUGUUACUUUUUGUUGUAAUCUGUAAAAAUAUAUAUGUAUGUGUACACAGGAUUUGUUUUUAAUUUGAGUUCCAUCUGAAGUGGCUAAUUAUA